AUGCAGUUAAUUCGUCAUAUCGAGAAGCAUGAAGACUUCUUCCUCCCCAGCCCUGAUGAACUUGCUUUCGGCAUUCACGACAAGCUCUUCAGCAAGGAAAGUGCGUUAGCCUUUUCGGAGGUCGAAGUCAGUUUCCCUGCGACAGAGAUUCAGCAGGAAAUUCUCGAUGAAGAUGUUCAGUGGGCAGAAGUUGAACUUUUUGCCGGGAAGCCAUCUUCCUUCGGUCUCGAAAACAUUUUCAACGCUUGGAACUCUCUAGCAUCACACCAUAUUUGCCUCAGAUCCUACAUCACCAAAGAUACCGACUCAGGCCAACCGCAGGUCAUAGUUCUCCGCCGGGUCGAGGGCAUUCGAUGGGACCAUCCUGACAAGAGUCUCACUGAACACAGUCAGACUCCAGCUUAUGUGACUGUUGAGAGUACUCGCCGUCGGGACGGUAUCAGCCUGGUACUUCAUUUUCAUCGUGCUCUGAUUGAUACAACGUCUUUGCACAUGAUCAAGCUCGACUACGCUCUUCAAGUACAUGGGCUACCCGGCCUUGAGACUGCUGGAUUUGCCACAUACAUCCGAUACCUCGACCAAAAAAGACAAAAUGCUAGAGCUUCCAAGGCUUUCUGGACUGAAACCCUGGCCGAGGUCGUCCCCCCAUCCGUAUUCAGUGCUCACGCUGAUGAAUACACCCAAAGCACCAACAGGGGCAGGCUUGGUGUCAGCGCUGUCAUAAGCGGGCCGGAACUAGCGCAACUCAAUGAUCUCGAAGCUCACCACGGCCUGGGUUCUUGGCGUCAGACAUUUUUCGAGGUCGUUUGGGCACAUGUGAUCAGCACUCACACUGGUUCUAACGAUGCCGUCUUCGGUACAGUUCGACGAGACGAAAGCUUCAUCGGCUCAGGUACCUGCGUUGGGUGCGUUGAUCAGACAUACCCCGUCCGCUUCCAUAUUGAGAGCGACGAGGGCUUAGCUAUCAGUGAAGCUUCCAAGGCUCUCGAUGUCUACCACUGCCAAGCUGGUCGCCACGCGUUCAUCGGACUCGAGGAGAUCCAACGUUACGCCCCAACCCUCAGUUCAGUUGAGACUGCUGUCAGUUACAGCCAAACGACGAAUACACCAUGCAUCGCUCCCGGGCUACGAAGGUUCCCUGUCGUUCUAUGCAUCAGCGAUAGCGGGGUAUUGAGGCUCACUCUCAAGUGUAAGGCCUAUAUUCCUCUUGAAGAGAUUGAGGUUGUGCUGCAACACUUCGUCUCCGGUAUCAUCAGUGCUGCGUCCAAGUUGAAGCUUGCAGACGACUGCAAGCUACUAGCAUCCGAUCUUGUAUCGGAAGAUGAGCAACGCUCCAUCAUGUCGCAGUCCCUCUCUACACGCACUGCCGACCAGACGACUAUCCCUUAUCUGUUUGAGAAGACCGCCGCUGCGUUCCCCGAGAGAACUGCACUUGAGUCUGAAGGCAGGGCACCUGUCACAUUUCUCAAGCUCAACAGCCAAGCCAAUCUGCUGGCGAGAAGGCUCAAGUUGGAGAAGGGAUCGUUCGUGCCCAUUCUGGCCGAAAGGUCUUUGGAGCUCGUUGUCGCAGUCUUGGCCGUGCUCAAAUCUGGGGCAGCCUACACUAUUCUCGAUCCCGACACUCCCCUCACCCGCCUCGAGCAGAUUAUAGAUGAUCUCAGACCUGCUACUAUCCUAGCUAGCCAUCGAUUCGUCGAUGUAGUCCCCAACGCCUCAGACAUCGAGCAUGUUCUCUCUUCUUCAGGAGAUAGUCUAGCUAUUCCUUCAUCUGAUGACUCGACCAACCUUGGUGUGGAGAUCCAUCCCGAAGACCGUUGCUACGUGAUCUACACCUCCGGUAGCACAGGAAAGCCCAAGGGUGCUCUCCUCACACAUCGCGCGGCUACAAGCGGCAUGGCGCACCAGCCUCUGAACGGGCUUGAACGGUGGCUUCUAUUCUACAACCCCAGCUUCAGCGCCGCUCAACGUACAAUUUUGGGAACGCUCGUCCAUGGAGCGACCUUGAUCCUUGCUAGCAAGGAGUCUCUCAACACCGAUCUUGCUGGUGUCAUCAACAGCUUCUCAGUCGACUCUCUCGGCAUCACUCCGUCCGCUCUGUCACUAUUGCAGCCCGAUGAGGUACCUAGUCUCAAGCAAAUUACCUUGGUGGGUGAGCAGAUUUCGCGAGAUCUUGUUGAAAUCUGGUCAGCACGAAAGGGCCUACGUCUGAGGAACACCUACGGGCUGAGCGAAUGCACUCAGCUCAACUUUGGAAAGGAGCUUCAACUGUCACCUGGAGGUACUUUCAACCAUCGCUUAGUCGGCUCUCCGGCCGAUACUACGAAUGCAUUUGUUCUAGGCCAUGAUGAUGAACAACUUGCGCCUCUGCUUGUCGCGGGCGAGCUGUGUCUUUCUGGUCCACAGCUCGCUGAAGGCUACCUCAAUGAGACAGCGCUCACCGCACGCGCCUUUGUCGACAACCCAUUUGGUACCGGCAAGCUUUACCGGACUGGUGACAAAGCCCGUCGACUUGCGGAUGGUCAGAUUGAGAUCUUGGGACGGGCGGACAUGCAAGUCAAGAUCAAUGGCCAGAAGGUUGAGCCCGCAGAGAUUGACCGGCUAUUGCGCUCCGUUGAUGCCAUCGCCACAUCUGUCACUCUGGGCAUCAGUUUGAACGAUCGCAGAGCACUGGCUUCAGCCAUUGUCCUUGCAGACAACUCCAUCUUCAGAACUCCAGUGAUCUCUGCUAGAGAGCUCUUACAUCAGAGGUUGCCUGCCUACAUGGUGCCCAGCAUCUGGUUUCCUGUCAAGGAGAUCCCCAAGAAUGCCAAUGGGAAGAUCAACUACGCUUUCCUACGGAGCUCUGCUGAGGCCCUAGGAGUUUCUGGGUUUACUAAGCUCAUGACAAUUGGUGACGACAGCGAUGUCGUUGAUGCUGUCAACAAGUCAGAAGUCGUCAUCGCAUCAGCUUGGUCAAGCAUUCUGAAGAUUGACCGAUCAAUUAUAAGAAGAUCGCACUCAUUCAUGGACCUAGGCGGAUCAUCGAUUGAAGCUAUCAAGGUUGUCUCUGAGCUGCGCAAAGCUGGAUUGUCUGUCGAGCUGAGUGAGCUUCUCGAGGAAACAUCCCUUAGAACGAUGGCAGCCCAGUCACAGGCAUUCAAUGCCGAGUCCCAGGAAGCGCCCGAACCUUUCGCACUUAUUGCCGAUUCUAGUCUUGUUUCUGACUUACAACGUGACGUUAACAUCGUUGACGCUUAUCCUGCAACGCCAUUUCAGGAGACUAUGUUGUCAACUUUGAACACGCCAUCCGACCCUUACACCUACUCACGGAGUUGGAAUGUUGCUGCGGUCGACCUUGAAAAGCUGAGAGCGAGUUUUGACCAAGUAUUUCGUUCACGGGACAUCCUUCGGGCGGUCUUCCUUCCACAUAAACGAUCUUUCCUGCAGACUAUUCGCCAUGGUCUCCCACUUCCCUGGUACGAGUAUUCGGAACCACUAGAGUCCUUCAGUUCGAAGCAAAAGCCUUACCAGUGGGAACUAGACGCCCCCCUAUGGAACGCCACAGUUCUUGCUGGUCACGUCCUGGUGGUUUCAAUGCAUCACUCGCUCUUCGAUUACUGGUCUCACAAGUUUUUUUACGAAGAUGUGGCAUCAGUCUACUUAGGCAAGUCCGUCACAGAUCGGCCAGCCUAUAGCAACUUUGUCAGACAUCUGCAAUCCCAAGACAGCGCCGCCAGUCAAAGAUUCUGGUCUGAAUAUCUUGAGGGGGCGCAGACCACGAAGUUGAAUCACUCCCCAGGCGAGAAAACCAGCAAGAUUGAACUUGAACUUGGUUUCAGCGUCAGCCAGCAAGCUCGACGUCUCGGUUCUACACUUGGCGCAGUCAUUUAUAGUGCCUGGUCCAUUCUGCUUUCCCAUCACUUAAGAAGUGACGAUGUCACAUUUGCAACCACUAUCUCUGGAAGAGAGGUUACCGUGGCCGACAUAAAUGAGAUCGACGGUCCCACCAUGACCACGGUGCCCCAACGCAUCCGAGUAGAUCCCAACUCCACCAUCAGAGACCACUUGAAGGGGACUCUGUCAGGGUUCGCACAGCUCCUCAAACAUUCACAACUCGGUGUUGUUGGCGCUUUGCGUGCUGGCAACCUUCCCAGCAAGGCCUUUGACACACUUGUCAACAUCCUUGUCAGCCAGGGCGAUGAGGGAAGUGAUUCUGGGCAGAAUGCCGGAGAAGUCUUCCGGGCACAUGGUCGUCGACCUCAGUGGGCGUCCGGCUCUGAUACUACUGUGCUUGAAGUAGAGGAAGGUCCCGCCGCAACGGCCAUCCGUUUGAUUAGUACGAUGGAACCACGCAGGUUGCGCUUCAUCACAGACUCCUUUGUCAACAUUGUCAAUGUCUUGCUCACUCAACCGGACACGAAGCUUGGGUCGGUGUCAGUUAUGGGCCACGAAGAGAGUGAUUAUGUCUCCAACACGCUCUCCAACCGCACAAAUCUUCGACUCCCUGAAGCAGAACUUCUUCACAGCGCAUUCGAGAGGAUAGCCGCCGCCACGCCGGACGCUACUGCCAUCAACUUUGACGGCAAUGAGAUCGUGUCGUAUGCACUACUCGACAGGCUUUCGAAUCGAUUCGCUCACACUCUCACUGCUCACGGCGUCUCUUCAGGAGACCUUGUGCCUCUCAUGCUUGAAAAGUCAGUCGACAUGAUGGUUGCCAUACUGGGCGUCAUGAAGGCGGGAGGAGCGUAUGUCCCUCUAAGUCCGGACAAUCCGAACGAAAGAAAUGGCUUUGUGGUUUCCGAUACAAGAGCGAAGCUUCUUGUGGCCCACCCACAACAUGCUGAGUUUGGAAUCUACGUCAAGCAACUCUACGGCAUUCAAACGCUGGUCAUGCCAAGUCACGAAACGCUGAGCACCGUCACAAGCGAUGGAUCCGAUGCCAACAUCGCACCGAUAACACGCACGACACCCGACAAUCAUGCCUACAUGAUUUAUACAUCUGGCAGCACUGGCAUGCCCAAGGGCGUCAUGGUACCUCACCGAGCAGCCGCAGCUGCAGUCACCAGCAUGGCACAGGCCGAAGGCCGAUUCCAGGGCACCUGGCGGACUUUGCAAUUCGCCAACUACGUCUUCGAUGCAUCUGUGCAAGACUUCUUCAACACACUUAGCACUGGCGGAACACUCUGCAUAGCGCCCACCGAAACCUUGCUUUCCGAUACUGCUGGAUGCAUCAACCGCAUGGAUGUGAGGCAAGCAAUCAUCACCCCAACGGUCGCGAAGCUCUUCAGUCCCGAAGAUGUGCCAGACUUCGAGACCCUGAUCGUUGGGGGUGAGCCUCUGACUCCAGACGUCGUAGAUAUUUGGAGCCGUCACUGCAAGAUCUUGAAUGUGUACGGGCCGACGGAGACUUCCAUGGUGGUGACGACUAAGAGCAUCGAGCCGUCAUCGGAAGUCACGGGUCAUCGCAUUGGAAACAUAGGCGCUCCUUUUCCCACUGUCAUGGCUUUCAUCCUUAGUCCGGAUGGCGAGACCCUGGUACCAUACGGCGCUGUUGGCGAGCUCUGCAUCGGAGGACCACAAGUUACCGACGGGUAUAUGAACAGGCUGGACUUGACAGAAGCCGCCUACGUCGACAGCAACUCUCUUGGUGCACGCAUCUAUCGUACAGGAGACCUGGCACGCUGGCUUCCAGGGGGCGAGAUCGAAUGUCUCGGACGAAAGGAUAAUCAAGUCAAGAUUCAUGGCCAUCGCAUCGAACUUGGAGAGGUCGAAAACUCAAUCCGCCGUUCCGGCCUCGUCAAGGAUACAGUGGCGCUAGCUGCUACUAUCCAAGGCAAGGCUCAUCUUAUGGCAUUCUGCAUUUUUGACGAAGCUCUUGCACCCAUUGACUCAAGUGGUGUUCAAGAUCCGUCAACUUCCCGGGCCUCUUUGGGUGUAUUGCGCGAGAAUAUGCGUUCGCUGGCGACAUACAUGGUUCCGAAGUUCGUUAUUCCAAUGAACGCUUUCCCCAAGCUGCCCUCGCGCAAAGUCGACCGCAAGGCCCUGAAAGUGCUGGCCAACGAGCUCGAAAGGGAGCACUUGGCGAAAUGCACGCUGGAGACUCCGGGCGAGGACCACCAAGUCAUCCCAGUCCAGACACCAUCAGAAGAGAUCUUGGAGCUUGUCUGGGCUGAUAUCUUCGGUAUUCCCCAGAAUGAGAUCGGACGUGAGGCGAAUUUCUCCACGCUUGGCGGUGAUUCUAUUUCUGCAAUCAGCUUGACAGGUCAGUUGCGACGAGUAGGCUACUCGCUGACGGUGCUUGAUAUCCUCAAGUCUCCCAAGUUGAAAGACAUGGCGUUCAUCUUGCGCAAGAUAGAAGCACGCGGUCAGGUAAUCGAGCGUUCAUUUGAGGUCCCUCAAUCCGUCAAGGUAGCUGCCCAAGAAACUGGAAUUGCAUGGGAUGCAGAUGUCGACCAUGUGUAUCCAUGCCCUCCCGGCCAAGCAGAGUUCCUCAAACAGGGUAGCCGAGAGUCACAGAUGUGGGCACUGCAAACUGUGCGGCAUAUGACGGCGGAUGUUGACCCAGAUACAUGGAUUGAAGCGACCAGCCAUCUCACGGAGGUCAACGAGAUCCUGCGAACGACAUGGAUCGACACUCCAGAAGCUGGCUGGGUCGGAGUUGUUCUUCGUGGCUCUGAGUUGAACGUUGCCAAGGUGGCCCUGGACUCCGAGGCAGAGUCUUCGAGCUUCAUCGAGGAGUUUUGGCAGGCUCGAUUUGAGUUUGGUCGUCCAUUCAUCAAGUACGCUGUCAUAGCCCACAGCGACGCGUCUUGGGACCUCAUCAUCAAGAUGGACCACGCCGUAUACGACGGCACUUUGCUUCGCGUAUUCGAUGACCACUUUGGCGCCAUUCUUCGGGGCGAAAGCGUGCCACCGCCUGUCGAAUUCCGCGACUUCUCUCAGCAUGUCUUUGCAGAAGACAAGACGUCUAGCCUUAGUUAUUGGAAGGCAAAGAUGGAUGGGCCAAGGCCUGUCGACCAGCAGCUGCAUGGUCGAGAUCUCGCUACAGUCUCAUCGCCAAUGAUCACCGCUAGCUUGCGUAGAGAGGUCGUGACAACGAACAUUGACCAAGCAGCUUCUCGCCUUGGAGUCACUCCGAGCAUCAUCUUCCAAGGAGCAUUCUCCCUUUGGCUGGCUGCAGCGACCGAAGCCACGGAUAUCCGCUUUGACUACUUGCUGAGCGGUCGCAACGUAGCGCUACCGGAUCCUCAAUCCAUCAACGGAACGCUGGCCAACUUUCUGCCAUUCCGAACGCCCAUUCAUCCGAAGGAAUCGGUGCGUGACUUCCUCGGAAAGCUACAAGACGACUUUUGGGAUGUGACCGAGAACGGCCUGGUUGGUCUCGACGAUACUUACGGCGUUGCUGGUCUACCUCGCGAGACACAUGGCAAUCGAAUCUUGUUCCUCUCUCAACCAUUCGAGCCAGCAGCCAAGGAUGACCCCAAUGGCCGCUACCGAUGGCUCGUCAUGGCAAAGUCGAAGGUGCGCAUGUACCAGCCAUACGCGCUGGUUGUCGAAGUGUCCAAGUCGCUGGGUGAUCGUCAUUUACUGAAGGUCAUGUAUGACGACACCAUCUUGGAUCUGACAGUGGCGGAAAAUAUUGCGGAUGAUAUAGUUGCUUUGAUCGAGGUUCUGGCGGAUGCCACCACGGCGGACCUGGUACUCGAAGAGUUGUGA